AUGUUCCCUCACGAGGUCGACUACACAGCCCUCAAUUUGCGGCUCAACCAGAUUGCAGCAGCGUACCAGUUGCCUGGCGCGCUCAAGGACUCCUCUGCGGUUCUGCAAGCAGAUUACUCGCUGGAAAGCUACAGGAGUCACAUGUUCACGUCUUCUGCAAACUUAAGCGACUCCCCCUCGUCAAUGGACUUUGCGAACCAGCCACAUCUUAUUGUCGGCCAAAACAUCAACAACAAUUUGGGAAUCCCGCUCCACUCCAUCAACAAGAUCCCCUCGUAUCAAUGGUCGCCCAAAAACGAGGACCCGGAAUACCACUCGACGAAGACAAAACACAUCCUAAGCGGCCUGGGAGCGGCCGACAGCGUUUCCUCGCUCGGAACACACACACUGGGCAUGCCGUCGCUCAACAGCCAGCUGAUUCGAUUGCCGCUUCUUAACGAGGAGCUGGACGGCACCAAAUGGUCUUUGGCCAACGGACUGCCCUACUACGACAAGGAAUUUGUCGAUAAGCACAUCAAGUACCUGAAUCAGAAAAAGGCCAAGACAAUGUCACACAGAUCGCAGUUUUCCGCACAUAUGAACGAGACAAUCGACGAUGUGGAGUAUCUGCACGGCACCGUGAUCCUCAAUCAGUUUUUGAACAACAAACGGCUGGUUCGCAACUACCAAUGGCUCAUGUACUUUGCAAACAAACAAGGAGGACGCAAACUGAGCGACAAAAUCAGCUCCUACGACAACAUAAAGUACAAGUCGGUGCGCAGCUUCCAAAAAUCGGUCGAGAAAAAGAUGGCACGCCAACAACGCGAGGAAAUGGAACGCAGAAAACGCGAGAUGGAAGGAUUGCCGCCUCUUCCACCUCAAAAUACAGUGGAUUCGGACGAGGACGAAAUAGACGAGGAAGAAGAAGGACCUAGGUUCCAGUCGCUGGACAUCCCUGUCAACCUGACCAAAGAGCUAAUCAUCGAAAAAGAACUACCGAUUGACGACAAAGAACUAAUCGACAACCAGAACAGAUUAUAUGGUAUUCAGAACUCUUAUCAAAUGCUAGAUGAGGCAAGGCAGACGGACGGUAUCAUUCACUCCCGUGUCCUGAGACUGAGACGAAAACCCAACCCGAACGCCCUGGGAUAUUCAAAUAUCCGAUGCAAGAAACCACCGUAUGUCUGAGUCCCAUACACAUCACAGCACCUUGGCGUGUUUAAUGUCGUUCCUCAGCUUGUACACCAGCAGCGUCAUGAUAAUGAGCAGAACCAGAACAGGCAUCAGAAUGAGUCUCACCGCAGACAUGAACUUGUUCAGCUUAGACUCAAAUUCCGACUCGUAGCCUGACGGGUAAGAGCCUUUGGAAUAGAAUUCCUGCAAUUGUUUUAGCUUGUCGUUGAUGCUUUCGUGAUUUUGUGACUGUCCUUGGAAGUAGCUGUUAAAGGUGACGAAUCUCUCGUCCACCAGCUCCAGCAGCUGGUUUUGUCUAGUGAUUAAUUGUCUGAGCGCUUCGUACUUUGCAUUGAGCUCCUCGGUCUGCUUGAGCAGUGUGUCGUAGCUUUUCUCCAUCUGGGUGUUGUAGACGGAGUUUUUCUCAUUCAUCAUCUUGAUUGACUUGGUCACAUCGAACAUCUGCUUUUGGAGAACCUGCGGGGCUGUCUGCUGUUCAACUAUGGUCUUUACCUCCUCUAGUUUGGCAAGAAGGUCAUAUUCAGCAGAUUCAGGCCGCAAAUGCACUGGGACACUGUUGCCAUUCUGCUGCUCUCGUGUUCUUUUGAAGUCCUCGACCACCUGUGCUUUUUGGGCCAGUCUCUUGUCCACCUCGGGGUGCUUGGCAACCAGCGUCUCAGAUGCCUCCGCUUUUAGCGACUCAAUCACCUUGUCGAAGAACUUGAACAUCAAAAUCUCAAACUGUUCGGCCUUCUUAGCAUCCUUUGAGGAUGCCGCAGUGAUACCCACACGCAUAUUUUUCAAGUAAGGAUCCAGAUUAAUGGCAUCUGUCUCGAAUAGCAGCUUGUUGUCACACGUGAUCUUGAGCUUCCUGUUCUCGUAGCCUAGUUUCAAAGUGGACGGGACCUGUGAGUCCUGGAAGCUGUAUGUGUACGCUCCAAGAUAGUCUUGUGCCAAAUUGAUCUUCCGCGAACCGUCGUUGACGUACACCCUGAAUACAGGUCCCAGGUCCUGUUCAUUGGCGUCCAGCAGAAUCUGCAGCCCAGAAUAUUGCAACGGUCCCCCAAAAUUCGAGGUAUCGGAUCCAGGAUCCUGAUCGAGCAACCACAGCGACAAUCCCGCGCCUGUGAAGCCAAAAGCACCCACCGAUCUAAAGGUGAACUGCAACGAAAAGCUGUCGGAUGAAAUUUUGUUUAUGGACCAGGCAGCGCCGCUGGUUAUUUCUCGGGUGGCUUUUUGCAAGAGUGAAGGUGCAGGGGUGAGUAUAACACGCCCUUCGCUGAACUCCACGUCGCCAUACAUCUGCCAGUUGUUCUGGAGCUCCGACAGAGACUUCACCGAAACGAGAUCAGGAAACGAAAGCUCGGGCACAGCAGACUGAGUCUCCGCAGAGGACACUCCGUGGC